CGCAUCAGUGCUGGAGGAGCUGGGCUGGGCAUCAGCAGGAGCUCUGUCCACAAUCCUCCCACAGAUCGGAUGCUGCUUGACCGUGGAUCUCCCGUUGAGUGACAUAGACGUGCGUGAAUGUCCUGUGGAUCAAUACGCGUCGGAUGGCAAGUCGCUAAUCAGCAUCCACAGCAGACAGGCUCCACUGUAGCGAAGGAUGCAUUAAUGGUCAAAGGUGAGCUCACGAGGCAGAAAUGAGUCUGACUUCCUGGUUCCUGGUGAGCGGCGGGGGGACGCGCCAUCGUCUACCCAGGGAGAUGAUCUUUGUGGGGAGGGACGACUGCGAGCUCAUGCUGCAGUCCCGCAGUGUUGACAAACAGCAUGCCGUCGUCAACUACGAGCCAAACACAGACGAACACAAAGUCAAGGACCUGGGCAGCUUGAAUGGGACAUUCGUCAAUGACGUGAGAAUUCAGGAGCAGAUCUACGUCACGCUGAAAACCGACGACAAACUGAGGUUUGGAUACGAUACCAACCUGUUCACUGUGGUACGAGGAGAGAUGCAUAUUCCCGAAGAAGCCCUGAAGCACGAGAAAUUCAGCAGCCAGCUUCAGCUGAACCAGAAGAGGCCCCCAAAAGGUGUAGCCUCUAAACCUGAGGUGAAACCUCCUGAAGCAGCGGCAGCACCCGUGUGCGAGGCGACCGCCGCUAAGCCCCCUGAGGCCAGCAGGACGGAGGACAAGACCACAGGGGAUGUUUCAGCUUUGCAAAGGGGCACCCCCCUCUAUGGCCAGCCUGCCUGGUGGGGAGAUGGAGACCGUAAUGGCCAACAACCAGGGAGGCCUGAGGACAAGGCCUCUGAGCAGAAGAGAGAAAAACCAGAUUUUUCAAACUGCGCCUCGCAAACGACCUCCAGUCAGGAGCCGAGCUACUUUGAAAUCCCAACCAAGGACACUCCCUCAGCUGGUAAGGUGAGUGGCGGGUCCCCCUCACGAGAACCAGAGGCUGACUCGUCUGCUGCUGCGGAGCCUGUUCAUGGCCACGCCUCCUUCACCAUCGAGUUCGACCCCGGGGCGUUGGCUAAAGUCCCCGUCAAAGAUCGAGUUGCAAAGGUAGGGCCAGAGACCAGGCCCCGUCCUAAACGACCUGUCGGGGAGGAGCUGAGUCCACUGCAAACGGCCAUGGUUGCGGCGGAGGUCAAAGUCGCUGACUGGCUGGCCCAGAACGAGCUGCCGCUGGCUCUCAAGGAGACGGUCGCAGAGGACGACGGGGAAAGUGUGAAGAGUGAUGUUCCUGUACAGCUAAAGAGUCUUAAAGGUAGUAAACAUGAGGACGGCACACAGAGCGACUCAGAGAACGCACUGGGAGAGCAGCGGAGGGAUCGUCCGUGGGGCCUGUGGGGCGGCGCAGGGAUGAAGAUCAGAGAGGGUCGAGCUAACGUGCCAGAGGGGCUCUUUGCGGAGGAGGACAGUCCUGCGCGCCGUCGCAAGUCUUCAACCUCCAAAGCCACAGGUGGAUUCCUGGAGAGGCGAUGCGGUUCGGCACCACACCAGCAGAGCGCACAUGACGAGAACCAUCAGCAUGGAGAUGAUUAUAGCGACAGAGGGACCUAUACCAUUGACUUGGAGAAUGGAGAUCAGGAAGAGGAGGAGGCCAGGAAAAUGAUCGACAAGGUGUUUGGUGUGGAUCAGCAGGAGGCUGUGUGUGUGUCGAGGCCGGGAGGCCAAAGAGAGAGAGUCACCUCCCAGAGGGCUGGGGGGAUGGGAGAGAGAGGGAAGCCUGGACGCAUGGAGGCAGAGGUGCUCUCUGAGGAACUGGUGGUGGGUGGUCCUCGCUGGGUCUCACAGUGGGCUACUUUGGCUGCCAGUCACAUCAGGACAGAUCCUGAGGGGUCGGGAGGGGAGAGUCACGUCAUGAUGACAGAGGACAGAGCUGAAAUAAGUGAGUCCAGCCACUCAGCUUCCUUUGCCUCCUCAGGCUACACAGAGCGUAAGAGGAGGACCCUACCCCAGCCGCCCGGUGAGGAGCUCACCCUGGGAAGAAGGACUCCGGGGUCAGGCCUGCGUACAGACAUGGGAGAGAAACAGGACACAGAGCUACAGGAGAAGGAAAACCAAGACGAGAAGAUGGUCAGGGGGAAAAAUCACCCCUGUGGAGGCGUGGGUAGUCACAGCGGGAGCCCGAGUCGCUCCUCACCAGCCAAGUCACAGGACAGUGGCGGUGGGAGAUCGGCUCAGUCAGGCGUGUUGACUAAGCUUCCCCCUCGUCCAUUAACCAGCGGCGAGAGGAGAAUGGAGGAGGCGAGGAAGAGGAAAAAGGAGGAGGAGAAGGCGAGGGAGAGUGUCGGGAAACCGUUAUUUAGGCAGGAGAGUUUUACUGUGGAGAAACCAAGCACCAAUGUGCCCAACGAGCUCAUUCCACGUAUUGAUGGACUGACAGGCAGCAGAACUCAGGGUAGGGAGACUGGCAUCGAUGGCGGCACAGUGCAGAAGGACUCGGAGGCCGUGGCAGCCUUUUUAGAGACCACUAUUUCAGACCAGGGUGAUCCACCAAGUCAGUCCAUCGAAGGCUCCAUGUCACCAGAGUCGGACGUGGACACCACCAGCACAGUCAGCCAGGCUGAUGGGGCGAGGAAAGUUGUCCAAAGACGCAGGAUCCUUGCUGGACAGCAGAAGGAAAAAACAGUAGUGUGCUCAUCCAGCAAGGUGCCUACAGGAGGCAGAGACAGUCAGGACAGGAGGGUCAAGACUAGAACAUCUGGCCCUCCGCCACGCAGUCGCCCAUGGACUUCCUUGGACCUCACUGACGAUGACGUCAACUCCAACUCCCUCCCUUCAGACUCCCAGCCCAACAGGAACUCACAUCCCAGGGCACAAACAGUGGGGGCAAGCACCAAGUCCAGUCGGGCUAAGGUCUCCCAAACCCCUGCCUCUUCUACAACGAGUAAAACCAUCAGUGCCCCCAAGCCAAGGCCCACUAGGUCGUCCCUACUGAGACGAGCCCGGAUGGGGGAUUCAUCUGACACCGAGCCGGCUGAUAUCGACCGGAUGUCAAUAGCCUCUGAGGCCUCCACCGCUAGUUCCACAUCCAGGACAGGGAUGGCAAGAAGGGGAAUGUCCAGGAUAGAGGCUUUGGCACAGCCGAGAAGGCCGAGGGUGGGCUCCCCGUCAGCCCAGAGCGACUCAGAGGCCACUGUGACAAGGAGUAGAGGUCUGGGGGCCCGCAGCGUGGCAGGAGAUUAUAAUAUCAGACAAGGACUAAGAGGACCCAAUGCGGCGUCAGUGUCUGGACCAAGAGCCAGGGCAAACAGCGCCUCCAAGCUUCCUGACAAGAGUAGAGCUGGCUCCACGUAUGGACAUGUCACGCCUGCAUCUGGCACACGAUGGCGCCGCGUGCCCGUUGAGUACGCCUCAACCUCAGAGGACGACUACGGCUCGAACCGCCACGUUUCCAAGCAGGGCAGCACACAGCCGUUUCUGUCAACUCGAGUGGCCCAGCUCGGGGGUUCGGCUCCAGCUACCCCCAAUCCUGCCGGCCUGACUGGCCUGAAGCAGCACUCCAGAGAGCAGGACGAGUACAUGAGAGACUGGACAGCACACAGCGAGGAAAUAGCCAGGAUCAGCCAGGACCUUGCCCAAGACCUUGCCAUGCUCGCCAGAGAAAUCCACGAUGUGGCAGGAGAGAUCGACUCAGUCAGCCCUGCAGCCACUGAUCCAGGACCUUUGUUGGAGGAGGGUGUUUUCGAUGACAGCUCGGACCUUGUUGGUCCCUCCGCAGAUCUUGGACCCAACGGGCGCUCCGUGGAGCUGCGGCCCCGAGCUUCUCGUGGACAGAGCUCCCGCUCCAUCCGCAGACAGACGUGGAACAGAGAGGAUGCGGUGCUAGACGGUUUAUUCCUAGCGUCUGUGACUCAACUGUCGACAAGGAUACGUCAGUCUGUUGACAAAACAGGCUGCAAAAUCAGGAUCCUCUUCAAGGAUAGAGAGCGGAAAUGGGAAGAGAUUGAGAGCAAGCUGCAGGCGGAGCACGACUCCUUGCUCCAGAAGACCUCCAACAAGGAGAUUUCACACAUUCUUCAGGACCUGAAGAGAGUGGAACGACAGCUGCUAGUCAUUGACAUGAUGGUGGACCCGGACGGCACCCUGGACGCCCUGACCUCCCUGGGCAUCACCAGUCCUCUGGCUGACAAGAAGCUCAGCCCUGGUUCUCAGCAGGAGGCGGCGCACCCUGGAGCUGAAGCUUUGUCCUUCUCCCACUUAUCCUCCAGGCCUGAAGGAGUGACCUCUGAAGCCCGUAUAUCCUCAGACCACGCUGAGGUGACAGGGCGAGACCCAGGCCCCCAGCAGAGCCCCAGAUCCUUCAACUGACUCACUAUGGACAUAAUUCAGAGAAUGCACCCUUUAUUUUAGGCAGUACACUGAGCUUAGCUUGGUGUGAGGUUAUUGUCUCGGUUUCAUGUCCAGUAACAGACAGGAGGGUGAUGCUUAUCAUGUGGUAAAGACUGAGUGUCAUCUGUCUGCCAAACUGAAUCAUGUUACUGUUAAAGUCCUAAAUAGCAGCUCUUAGGAUGUGAGAUGCACAGUAUGAAAACACGUCAGCAUUAAUGGGGGCUCAUGACUAAGCUACGACAUAACAUACAUUAACCAAUCUGUGUUUUUGUGUUGCAGCUAGUCCUUAUUAUCCUUGAACUCAUUUGAAAAAAUAACGGAUGUAGAAAACGGUAGAAGAUGACAGGACGUGAUGUUAAAAGUUGACGUGAAAAUUCCUGCUUAGAUCCAGUUUCCGCGUUUUCUUCAUAUAUCAAAGCAUCUCUGACUUUUGCCAAAGGUGAAACUCAGUCAUGCCAAUUAAUUACCUUCAAAUCAUCGCAUAGGAUUCAUAUCAAAGUCAAAGUUUGUCAGUCAGUAGUCCUUGGGCCAAUGCAUGGAAAGAUGCAAUGGAUUCAGCAGAGCUUCGUGUGAAAAACGUUCUUUAAUCCUGCCAUAGAAUUAUUUAUUGAAAAUAUAUAUUGUUGGCCUGUUGCAAAUGCGUCCCCCAAGCUGUUCCCAGUAAUGAUUUUCCAUUUUUAAAAAGCCAUAGUGCUUGUUGGAAAAGAACUGGGUGUGUACAGUAUGUACCUGUGUAAAUGUUUCUUAUAGUUAAAUUCAAAACUCUCAUCCAUGCCUUUUUUAAUUUUGGUGAUGUCAUUUAAAUCAAGUGAAGACAAAGAGACCCUGUGUGUAGAUACCAAAUCAAAUGUAGCUCCCAGAAAAACAUGCUUUUCCUCUUCCAAAUGUAUUUUGUCACAAGUGCCCUGGAAAAAAACAAUCAGAAUAGAGAGAAGAGACGCUACAGGAGAUGUAUAUAUAUAGAGAGUGAGAGUGAGAGAGAGAGAGCGGAACUUGUUUCUUUGCACAUUUCAAAGCUGAUAUUUAGUACAUUAAUCUCCUCUCUGAGGGAAUAGGACAUGACGUGCCCCCAUGACGCUCCUUUAUCAUGUCGGUGUCCUCGACCAAAAACAAAGCAGGGUUUAAAACCAGCCGUCUGUCCACGAGCGUUUUGUCCAGUUUCUGUCUGAUCACAAACAAACUGUGGUGUUUGAACCAGCAUUGACAGGAGCUGAGCCUCCAACUCCUGCAGCUGCAUUUUAUCUCCAACCGAUGCAAUGGAAGGACGGGCGACUGUGAUGACUGUAGGUUUUUCCAAUGUCUUGCCUCAUACCGAUGUUUACACAUGAAUGUAACCUGAUCAGAACUGUUGAAAACAUUUUAGCCAAAACGACUUUAUUAAUAAAGAUUAAUGACUGCAUUUUGUGCUCUGCGCCUAUUGUACUUUGUCUUAAAAUCUUGUUUGAGCCUUUUGGAGAAUAUUGUUUGGAUGUUUUGUAUGAAUUUGAUUUCCUUUUUAUUUAAUUAACCUUUUUCUUUGUAACAAUGUUGACCUUGCAA